UCCAGCGGUCAAUCUUGAAAAUUCAAAAUGGCGGACGAGUACUGAGUGGAAAUUGCAAAAUAAUAUUUAGAGGUUUUUGGUAUAAAAGUAACUUCAUGCUACGCAUAUUUAGAAGAUAUGUUGACAAGACUGGCAGAGCACUUAGCUUCUGUCGAUAUGAGCACAGUUCUCCGGUAAGAUCAUCACUGAAAUGGGAGGAAACACAGUUCAACGGAGUGGAAGUGAAUUUGAGCCAGCUUGAAGACAACCCUAACCUUGAUGAGUUUUCUACCAGAUUAAAAGAUAGUAUUCUGCACUGGAAAAGGGUCAGAAAGAAAUCAGUGUGGAUGAAAGUACCAAUUGCUCAGAGUUACCUGAUACCCGUGGCAUUUAAUCAUGGCUUCAGUUACCAUCAUGCUGUUGGUGACUAUGCCAUGCUGUUAAAAUGGCUUCCAGGGAGGCAAAGUAAGGUACCUCCUUAUGCUACACACCAAGUUGGAGUUUCAGGUCUUGUUCUUAACAAAGAAAAAAGUGAAGUGUUGGUUGUUCAAGAAAAGAAUUUGUUAAAAAUUGGCCCACACAUAAGAAAGGCAGUAUGGAAAUUUCCUGGAGGACUUUCAGACGAAGGAGAAAGUCUUGAAGAAACAGCCACUCGUGAAGUCUGGGAAGAGACUGGAGUCAGAGCAGAAUUCAAGUCUGUCUUACUAUUUAGACAACAGCAUCAAAUGAGGAAUGCCUUUGACAAGUCUGACAUCUACAUUGUGUGUAGAAUGGAACCAUCAAGUUUUGGAAUAAGCCACUGCGAAGACGAGAUUGCCAAGUGUGAGUGGAUGAAAUUAUCAACUCUCAUUACUCACACGGACACCACUCCGUUGACCAAGUUAGCAGCCAGGUUAACAUUGCAUGGACUGAAGAAUGGAUUUGAAAGUGUUGACAUUGUGGGAAACAGAGUGCAAUCUUGGGUGAAUCCCAACCAGACAUUCACUCUCUUCCACAAAUAUCUACCAAGCUAGCAAUAGUGACUUUUAGAGUACUUUCCAUUAUGCCAAAGAUUCUAGAAAUUUCAGCCGGAAGUCAAAUGGAAAGGUCCAUUUUGGUUCCUUCAGACCAGAAUGGUCUUGGAGGUGGUCUACUUUGACUGGUCAGACCGAAAUUUGCCGUUCCAUUUUCACAAACUGGUUCAUUGCCCUACUUCUCUUCAGUAGCUUUCACUUAUGUAAGGAAUUUGGGAAAGGAAUAAAAAAAUGGUAAGAGCCAUUCUUGUUGGUUGGCCCGGUUUGAUUGAAAAAUGUCGUUCCAUUUGUCCUCGGGUAAUCCCACUGGUCUCUGACCGGUCGGUCUGGCAUAAUGGGCAGCGCCCUCAAUUUCAGUUAUCCAAUGUACUCUGGAGUCUGGAUUUUUCAAACUACGUGAGGGAACAGAGACCAGUUCAAAACAUUGGGAGGUUUCAAAAAUUGAGGCCACUAAUGCCCCUAACUUUUUUGCAAGCAAGUGAAAGAUAGCUUAAUUGAAUAAUCAGGAGGUUCCAGAAAUCUUGGGUUGAUAAAAUUGGGAUUCCACUGUAUUCUAGUAAUAAUUAUUGCUCACCAAAGACAGUGGAAUUCAAUAGGCGUAAUUAUCAGGUCAAAAUACUAGAACAUUGUAUUCACCAAGUUUGAAGGAUGCAGCUUGGCUUGAAGAUGCUCAGUGUAUUUUCUAAUUUUCCAUACAUUUUCCUGCAAAUUUGGCUGGGUGGACGCGAUUCAUGGGAAAAAAUUAUAGACAAAUGUAUGGGAAAUUAAAAAUUAACUGAACGUCUUCUAGCCCAGCUACAUCCUUCAAAUUUGGUGAAUACAAUCAGUGCUACCUAGAUGGUAAAGUUGCGGUUUACAAGUAGUGCAAAAUUCAAUAUUUAAAAAAUGUUAUUUCCCAUCGGAUGCCCAUACAAACACUGUAAUUUCUGACCGCUUUGCCUGUAGACAUGGCACGAUGGCGUCAAAAACCAUGAUUAGGCAUAUUUAUUAGGCAAUAUCAAGCUGCCUCUUAUGCUAGAUAUGUUAAACAUGAUGCUAAGUGAUUUGUAGCUGAAGUACAGGCCUGGUUCUACAUAAUUAAUACUAAACUGAAACACAUAUAACUGUACAAAUUAUGCAGUGCAAAUUAUUUUUAUUUAAUAUUAAAU